AUGUACACUUUCGUUCAAAUCGAUGAAGACACUUUCAGAGCUGAAUACUUAUUCCAUGCACGUCAAAAUCCAAAUGGAGCUGCUUACGGUGGAUUGAUAUUCUCUCAAGCAUUUGCUGCAGCUGAGAGAACUGUUCCGGAGGAAUUCAAACCGAAUUCUGUUCAUUCCUAUUUUGUUUCGGCAGUGAUCUAUACAAUCCCUGUAAUAUACAAAGUGAGAAGAAUCAGGGAUGGAAAAGGAUUCAUAACGAGAACAGUUGAAGCGAUACAGAAAGACAAAACUUGUUUUUUACUUCAAGUUUCAUUUCACAAGCCUGAAAAAGACGGCAUGAUUCAUCAAGAUGUGAUGCCUAAAGUUCCGAAACCAGAGACAUUGAUGAGCAUGAAAGAAGCUGUGAUAUCAACGAAGAAGCUCGUGACGGAAGGUGGUCUUGUACUGAAGCCUGCCAUGUUGAAUAGAUUGAUGAAGUUGGAUAAUAAAGCAUAUGUAACCAACAAUGACAUGUUUGAGGCGAGAUGCACAAAUCUAGGAAACUGGUAUGGAUACUCGAGUGAUUUGAAACCAGAACUUUGUGUCUGGAUGAAAACAAGAGAAUCAAUAAACGACGAUGAGAAACUUCACAGAUGGUUGCUAGCUUGUAUGAGUGAUGCGAUCCUCAUUCCUGCUGCAAUGUCAGCUCAUUUUUCACAAGGAUUUGAAGACAAUCUACAUGUUUCACUGGAUCAUUGUCUUUAUUUUCAUUCUCACGAGUUUCGAGUAGAUGACUGGUUUCUUUUUGAAUGUAAAUCUACCGUAUCAUCUGGAGGAAGAGCUUUCAUAAAUGGAAGAAUAUGGAGAAAAGAUGGAAAAUUGAUUGCCAGCUGUCAGCAGGAAGCAAUUAUUCGAGGAAAAGAUGGUCAAAUCUCGAAACUCUGA